CUUUACCAACAUAGCAUCCCUUAGCAAUCCUUAGUCCUUUACCAUGGAGCAGCAGAUCCUCUCAUUUUCUGUCCUUUCAUGUCUCAUUCUUUUUCUCUUAAUGGUCAUUAAUAUUUUGAAAAAUUACAGUAAAGAUUUUACCCCUCCUCCAGGACCAUGGAAGCUACCCUUUCUUGGUAAUAUUCACCAGCUAGCUACCGCACUACCUCAUCGUCGCCUACGAGAUUUGGCCAAAACUUAUGGUCCUGUAAUGAGCAUUAAGCUUGGAGAAAUUUCUUCUAUCGUAAUCUCAUCAGCAGAAGCAGCUCAAGAAGUACUGAAAACUCAGGAUGUCAUAUUUGCAGAAAGACCAAUAGCUCUUGCAGCCAAAAUGGUGCUUUACAAUCGUGAUGGCAUUGUCUUUGGUUCCUAUGGCGAGCAACUCAGGCAGUCAAGGAAAAUUUGCAUAUUGGAGCUGUUAAGUGCGAAACGCAUUCAGUCAUUCAAAUCAGUAAGGGAAGAAGAGGUAUCUAACUUUAUCAGUUUCCUUAAUUCGAAAGCGGGGACGCCUGUCAACCUUACUGACAAGCUGUUUGCAUUAACUAAUUCUAUCAUGGCAAGAACCUCAAUUGGUAAGAAAUGCAAGAAUCAAGAAGAUCUCUUAAGAUGUAUUGAUAACAUUUUUGAGGAAGCAACAGUUUUCAGCCCUGCCGAUGCGUUUCCUUCCUUUACUUUGCUUCAUGUAAUCACCGGAGUCAAGUCUAGACUUGAGAGAUUGCAUCAACAAACAGACAAGAUACUUGAAGACAUUGUAAGUGAACACAAAGCUACUAUGGAUGCUACCGAGAAUGGAGACCGGAAUCUCUUGCAUGUUCUUUUGGAUCUUCAGAAAAAUGGAAAUCUUCAAGUUCCUUUAACCAACAACAUCAUCAAAGCAAUUAUUCUGACUAUAUUUAUAGGAGGGAGUGACACAUCGGCAAAAACUGUAGAAUGGGUAAUGUCAGAGUUGAUGCAUAACCCUGAACUGAUGAAAAAAGCACAAGAAGAAGUGAGGCAAGUCUUUGGUGAAAAGGGAUUUGUUGAUGAAACAGGGCUGCAUGAAUUAAAAUUUCUCAAGUCAGUUGUUAAGGAGACUCUGAGGUUGCAUCCUGUUUUCCCAUUAGUUCCUAGAGAGUGUAGGGAAGUAACUAAGGUGAAUGGAUACGACAUUUAUCCUAAAACUAAGGUGCUCAUCAACGUGUGGGCUAUUGGAAGGGAUCCUGAUAUCUGGUCCGACGCAGAAAAGUUCAAUCCUGAAAGAUUUCUUGAAAGUUCGAUUGACUACAAAGAUACUUCUUCUGAAAUGAUCCCAUUUGGUGCAGGAAAGAGGGUAUGUCCUGGCAUGUCAUUAGGCCUACUAAUUCUUGAGCUUUUUCUUGCACAGCUACUCUAUCAUUUUGACUGGAAACUUCCUGAUAGAGUUACUCCGGAGAAUUUUGACAUGAGCGAAUAUUAUAGUUCUUCAUUGAGAAGAAAACAUGACCUUAUCUUGAUUCCCAUUCCUGUCCUUCCUUUGCCUAUAGAAUAA